AUGAGAAUUAAGGUCAAUUCGGCUCAAUCUUUGGAGAAUGAAGAUACCAAGCAGGUUGAAAAUGGUGAUGUGUGCAAAAAUGGGAAAAGUGUAAGAAUAUACGCCGACGGAAUAUAUGACCUCCUGCACUUAGGCCACAUGAGGCAAUUAAAGCAAGCCAAGCAAAUGGAAAAGGAUGUAACCCUCAUUGUAGGGGUUUGCAGUGAUAUAGACACAAGAAAAUUUAAGGGACAAAUUGUGCAAACGUUAGAAGAAAGAACGGAGACCUUGAAACACAUUCGAGCUACAAAACGAACAGAAGGAGUGUCUACCACAGAUCUGAUUGUACGAAUUUUAAAAAAUUAUGAAGAUUAUAUUGAAAGGUCAUUACAAAGAGGUAUACAUCCUAAUGAACUUAAUAUCGGUGUUACAAAGGCACAAUCAAUUAAAAUGAAAAAGAAUUUAAUCAGGUGGGGAGAAAAAGUUACAGAUGAGUUAACUAAAGUUACUCUCACUGAUAAACCGCUUGGUUCUGACUUUGACCAAGGGAUAGACAUAAUAAGGGACAAGGUGCAUGGAUUAUUCAAACUGUGGAGACAGCAUUCAGAAAAACUUUUAAAAGAUUUUGCAAAAUCAUUUGAUCCUAUGUUUAUAAUUAUUCGAAAAAGAAAUAAAAAAGACAACCUCUGCGCCAUGUACAUGUCCGACUCCAAUUUUUUUCUGAGGACAGUCAAAGAGGAUUUAAAAAAAAGAAAAAGUUUAAGUAACACUAUAAACAAUAUUGAUGAAUAUUAUUACUCUGCAGAUGAGGAUGAUGAUAGUAGCGGCGUAACCAAAGUGUUGGGUGUAAUUAGCAGAGUUGCUAAUGAAUCUUAUAACAACGAUGUAGAUAAUUAUGAAACGUGUUUUGAGUUGGAGGCUUGUUUGAAGGAGCGGCGCAGGUGGGGUGAGCCCAUUGGGAAUAGCGCCAAAAGUAAACACACACGUGAUGAAAACGAAAAGUUGGGCCCAGACGAACUGCUAUCACUUUCCAGUGAAGCACAAACGAUGAAUGGCCCUCAGUCAAACCAUUUCAAUGGGAACCAAAAUGAUCAUCUACUAAACACAAGCAAUGUGAAGAAAAACAGCGAUCACGAUUUGUACAAUAAUACGACCUAUCAUGAUAUAAUUGAUGAAGGGGAUUUUCCCAUGGGUGCAGUAACCGACAAGGGUGUGGUGAAAAAAAAUUCGACCGAAAUGAGGUCUUGCAGAGAACACAAAAGUAGCAGUUACGAUAAGGACGAAUAUAAUAGCUGUUCAGAUCAUUACUGUGGAGGAGAUAGGAAGUCUAGUAACAUGAAAAUAAAAAGGAGAAAUAAUUCCAGUAAGGAUAAAUUAUCAAAUGAGAGUAAAGGGGAAAAUUCUGUAGAGGAAUGUCAUUAUAGCUGCAGUGAAGGAAUCCGUAGCCGCAGCAACAGCAGUAGUUAUAGCAGCGCCAGUGCUGGAACGGGCCAUACGCCAGAAAGCAGUGACGCAUCGGAGUCUCCCAACAGGAAGCACAGAAAGAGUGAUGCUACCGAUGAGGGCACCAAAUCCAGUCAGGAAAAAACAGGCGAAACGGAUGAAGCGGAUGAUUUGCUCAAAGGCAUGCCAAAGGAAAAGAAAAAAAUUGUAAUUUAUGCAGACGGUGUGUACGAUAUGCUACACCUCGGGCACAUGAAGCAACUGGAGCAAGCCAAAAAGUUAUUCGAUAAUACAAUCCUCAUUGUAGGUGUCACUAGCGACAAUGAGACAAAACUUUUUAAAGGACAGAUUGUCCAAACGUUAGAAGAGAGAACUGAAACGUUGAAGCACGUAAGAUGGGUUGAUGAAAUCGUAUCUCCUUGCCCAUGGGUUAUAACUCCUGAGUUUAUGGAAGAGCAUAAAAUAGAUUUUGUCGCCCAUGAUGAUAUUCCCUAUGCCAAUAAUCAAAAAAAAAAAAAAAAAAAAAAAGGUAAAUCGAGUAGUAUUGAAGAACCUAAUGAUGAUAUAUACGCGUGGUUGAAGAAGGCUGGUAAAUUCAGAGCUACAAAACGAACAGAAGGAGUGUCUACCACAGAUCUGAUUGUACGAAUUUUAAAAAAUUAUGAAGAUUAUAUUGAAAGGUCAUUACAAAGAGGUAUACAUCCUAAUGAACUUAAUAUCGGUGUUACAAAGGCACAAUCAAUUAAAAUGAAAAAGAAUUUAAUCAGAUGGGGAGAAAAAGUUACAGAUGAGUUAACUAAAGUUACUCUCACUGAUAAACCGCUUGGCUCUGACUUUGACCAAGGUAUAGAAAACCUCCAAAUAAAAUUUAAAGAAUUAUUUAAAAUAUGGAAAAAUGCAUCUAACAAAUUAAUCAAUGAUUUUACAAGCAAACUUGAUACAACCUCUUAUUUGUCUUCCCUCCAAAACUUCGUCGACAAUGACUAUGACUGGUACGACUCUGCUAGUAGCAUCUGCGACGAAUAA